AUGUCACGUCAGUACUUAGCAGCUUGUAAUUUUUUAAAAGAAAUUCUUUAUCGUCAGCGUCGCAUUCUGCAAAGAAGAUGUACGAACGCAUAUCAAGCUUUCUCCGUCAAACACUCGGUUACGAAAAGACUACCAGUAACAAUUUGUUCAGAUCCCUUUCUUUUUUUUCUACAACACUUUACCAAGGAAUGCAAACUAUCUGUGGUUCAAUGUGAGCCGAACCCGGACAUAAAUAAUUUACAAGAAGACUAUUCCAUUCUCAAUGAGAUCCCAUCCAAUAAGGAUUUCAUAGCUUCAGUGUAUGAAAUUUGGAAAAAUCUAAGUGAUAAAGAACGGGAACCGUAUCGUUAUCGUUCGGUGAUGGCUGCGAUGUUUACAGCAAAAAUCGAUCAGGCUUUUUGA